AGCCCACUCGCUUGUUUGCAUAAGACACGCCGUCAGCGCAGCUCUAGAAUUCCACAGGGUUCUCCCCUGCACGCCAGGAGGUGGUACGCACGGCUGCGACACAAGGGCGCACCGCUGCGACCCAGGGAGCCUCUCAACUCAGCCACCACCACUCGCCACAGCCUCGCCACAGCCAGUGCUGCAUGCACAAAUCACUGCUCAUGAUGGCGGCGGCCCUGGCGGAGGGCCUGCGCGUCUCGCGGCGAGUGGCUGUUGUUGGAGGCGGCAGCGCCGGCGUGGCGGCAGCUCGAUUCCUCAAGCAAGCGGGGCACAAACCUAAUGUGUUUGAAACGGGCGCGAGCUUCGGCGGCGUCUGGGCCGAACGACCGACCAAUAAUGUCGUGUACAAGAAUUUACGGACGAACCUCCCGAAGCAGGUCAUGCAAAGUCCCGACUUGGACUUUCCGUCCUCAUUACCGUCCUACGUCGACGGUAGAGCAUUAGGCGCCUACAUCUCAACAUAUGCGGAGAAGUUCGGUGUGGAAGCGACCUUCGGCGCCCGAGUCCUCGAGGUCACGCCGUUGGCCGACGAUCGGUGGCAGGUAAAGUACGAGACGCAACAAGGAUGUGUGGAGGACGACUACGACGCCGUCGUCGUGUGCAACGGCCACUACGAGGCGCCCUACAUCCCAGAAAUCCCGGGGCAAGAUGAGUGGUUGAACGGCGAUCGUUCUAUUAUACAUUCACUGCAUUACAACGUACCGGAACCCUACGAAGGCAAGUCGGUACUUAUUGUGGGAGGUAGGAGUUCGGGCGUGGACAUCAGUCGGGAAUUACAAAACGUAGCGGAUUGGACUUAUAUAAUUGAAAAAAAAUGCUCGGACCUCGUGUCGGAUUCACAGAAGCGCGUGACGCACGUGCCCGUUGGUGCUGCACUGAACGCGGACGGCCACCUCUACGUUGAUUCUACAAAAGCACCGGGUCCUCCCGUAGAUUCCGUGAUUCUGGCGACGGGCUACGUGUACGCGUUUCCCUUUUUGCAGGAAGAUGAAGUUGGCAUGGAGUUUGAGGGAAGAAGGAGCUGCCGACCCUUGUACUUACAUCUCCAGCACGCGGAGAGGCCCACCCUGGGCUUCGUGGGUAUCCAGCUCGCCGUCCCUUGUCCCAUUCCAACUUUCGAGGCGCAGUCACGUUACUUAGGAGAGGCCUGGGCGACCAGUGAAGGCGCUCUGACGCCGCUUGGUGAGAGACAAAGCUGGGUCGCCCAACGUCUUAGUACAAUCGAGGCGUCGGGACGCGAGCAGGACCUGCACUACACGACGGCAGAAGGCUCGAGCGCCUGGGCGUACAUCCGGGAAUUGGUGGACGCCGCGCCGUCUCCACCAAAGACGUCGUGGCUCGACUCUGACGACUUCGACGCGCGCUUAUCGACGGUCGAGAGCAUCUACCGGGACCGCGGCGCGCGCUACCCGACGAAGCCGUGGCACGACGAUGCUUACCGGCGCUGCGAGUACUCCGUGGACUGGGAACGUGGGACGUGGGACGUGGCGUGUUGAGUUUUUAUGGCGCGGCGGCGGCGCCUUGUCGACGGGGCG